UACCGUAUUAUUCGUAUCGUAAUCACUCGCAAGUGUGUUAUUCGUCGUCCAUUCGGAGUUGGUUCAAAGAAUUAAAAUAGCGAAGAAGAAAAGUGUUUAUUGUCAUUAUUGUACAGACGAUUUUCCUUCCAUUUUAUUUUUAGGAAAAAUUUAUUUUUAUUCUGUGAGUGGAGGCAACGCGAAAAACUAACAUGAAAGCAAUUUGAAAGAGAAACUGAUUCGAAAUUGUACGAUUAAACAAUCACUUUUCGCAUUAAAAUCAACAAAGUGUUAUGAAUGAACGCUGAAAAAUAUUUUUAUUUUCAUUUAAAAAAAAAUAAUCACAAAGGAAGAGAAAAAUAUCAUGUGUUAUAUUGGGAAUUCAUUGAGUGAUAUAAUCGACAGCAUUGUUAAAAUAUUCGAAAUAUAUUAUUUCGGUGUAGAUAAAUCAGCGGGUGAAUUGAGGACGUGGCAAUGAAAAUUUAUCGAAAUUGUACUCUGGAAAUAUAGACUCAUAAAUCAACGAAGAAAUAAAAAUCAAAAAACGAUGAUGAAAUGAAAAAUGAUUGCGUUGAAAUAAUUUCUUUUCACGCCCAUUACUUCUAUUGUAAAUUAUGCAAAAAUUCGAACAUUUUUCAUUUGUAUCGUGUUUUUUUGUAGAGCAUUACCCGUCAACGAAACAUGUAUGUAAAUGCCAUUGCACUCCGUCGGGUUUAUAAUUAACAGAUGAAGUGUUUCCAAUGAAUGUGCCAAUUGCUAAUUAUAAUUCUGCAAUGUAUUGAAAGCCACCACGUUCGUAUGUAUAAUGCUUAUCUUUCAGCGAAUAGAUAAAAUUUGACAUUGACAUGAUAAAUACUGAAAUUGGCGUUAGAAUUCACAUCCAAAUCAGACUUUAAUUUAUUACAUGAAUUCGAGACACUUUUGACUCAUUGCGAUCGGCUUUUUUACUAAUUAUCUUUCUCCGCGAGCUGUUCUACUUUCUACAAUGAUUUAAAUUUGUCUAAUUAUGGAUAUUAUGAUAUAGCAGAUACUUAAGUGUUGAACACUUAAUAUGAUGUAUGUGUCAUAUAUGUCACCACGCUGGUGACUAGGAAAUAUAAUUUAUGGUCGCUCGUAUUAUCAAUGUCAUCAGCAGACCUUCCCAUUUUCUCUUUGUGUUGAUAAUAUAAAUGAUAUUGGUGAUGUAACAUUCUUGUCGAACAAGAAGCUAAGUUAUUUGAGAUAUUUUUAUCGUUUAAAAUGCACACUUUGCUUGCUAUAAAUUUCUGAUUAAUGAUAUCUUCAGACGCAGUCUGGCAUAAAGUAAACAAACAUUCACAGCAAACACUUUGCUAUUUGUUUAAUGAUUUGCAUACAAAAAUUGCGUCGAAUUUUCUCAAUAGGCCGAAACGAUGAAUAUGAAAUCCCGGAAAGUGUUGAGUUAGAUUUCCAUUAACAAAAAAAAAUCAUUUUCCUGAAUCAAAAAUAUGUUUUGUUGCGUUCGUUUACAUAAUUGCCUUUUUCACGAAAAAAAUUUAUCGCUUCCAUCAUCACAUCCAUAUCGCCGUCGAUAUCUAUAUCGUUCAUCAUCAAUUUGUUUGUAAAUUUUAAUAUUCGAAUUUACAUUUAAGUGAAUAUGGGCGCUUCGUUGUGAUGUUUUAUCAAGUAUAUGCCAACAAAGCAAUUACCGUUGCUACAUUCGCUGAUGCUGUAAACGUCCUUUCAAUGAAACAAAAAUCAAUCAUCAUUAACGAUAUUUUUCCAACUUUUCUUUUUGGUUUUCAGAGCUGCUGAAGGGAAUUUUUUGAGAGAAAAAAAAAUAUUUUUUUUAAAACAAAAAGUGCUGAUUGUUGUUAACCAACCAACUGUGAAAUGUAUAACUGAAAAUCGUACUUAAUGUGAACUUUUUUUUUUCAUCCUCGUUUGUUGCCGCUUUUUUAUUUGUACAUUUGCGGUUAUCUAUAUAGUUUUGAAAUAUGAUAAAAAAAGUUUGAUGAUGAUUUCAUUGCAGCGAUAAGAAAAUAACAUAUAAAAUUGUGUCUAAUACACUGAUAACUGAUAACGCAAACGACGACAGAGAUAAACUUUGGAAACACUUGAAUAAUUGGACGUUUUUAAUUCAGUAAAAAACAGCAGUUUACAUAAGUAUCGUGAUCGUUUUAUUCGGGAAAAUGAAAUUAAAAUCGAUUGUCUAGCUGCAUUGUUUCAAUAUUCGCGUACAACAAACAAUUUCAUUAUAAAAAUCCAGUCAAAAUGCAACGCGACGAUAUUGCUCGUAAAAGUUUUCGCGUACCCGCCCAUAAAGCUACAAAACGAUUAGCUCCAGCACCGCCACCUCGUACCGAUUCAAUUGAUAAAAGUGCUACGACAUUACUCAACGAUAAGAAAACUUAUGAGUUGAAUAUGAGAAAUACUCUCAACUCGAAAGUUUUAUCCGGUGGAACGACGAGCGGUAAGGAAAGUCCAUCAACCAGUGCUUCAAGGAAAUCCCCUGCAACAAGCUUAUCAUCGCAAUUAUAUGAACCUUCUAAAAUGAGUGCUACAAAGACUGAGGUAAUCAAGGUCGACGGGAGCUACAAUUUAAAACUGAGUGACCUUAAACUGAGUACUGAAGAAUUUGGAGGAACUCUAGGACGAAACGAAAAGGCCAAAAAGGAUUUCUUCAAUUUGAAUAAAGAUCCAGUCGACGGAUCACAUAAAGCGCACGUAUCGUCAUCAGACGCACUGAAUCAACUCGAAAAACAUAUUCAUCAAAUGGAAAUUGAUUCGAAAAGUAACAGUAUUUUUGAUCCGAAACCGAAGCCAAUGGUAAAGGUGACGAAUCGAUAUGGUGAUCACGAGAAUUUAUUAAAGACUGGCAUUAGUAAUGUCACAUCUGGUACACCCUUAUGUUAUGAAGGUGACGAAGAUGACGCAUCUGAACAACAACAUUUCCAACGUGGUGCAGCGUCUCGCAGUUCUACUAGUGCUGUUGUCACAUCUAAAUUGAUGCCAAAAACGAAAACGACGAAACCAGUUAAUCGUACCGCUUCAGAUACGAAAAAUGUUGAAAAUACCAUUAAAAUGAUGAGAAUUGCUUUAAAGAAGCAGGACAAUGGAACGAACGGAACGGAAAUGGGUGACGUUAGAGAUUCCACUGGGCCGUUGUCACCGUUGAGUAUUAAGAAAAAGGAAGAUAUGAUGUUCGUUGAAUCAGGAAAAAUUUCCAAUCAGAAACCGGUUGAAGUUCAGAAUACGCAUAAGAAUCGAUUGAAAAAUCUGGAAACUUUAAGACACAAUAUUACUACUGCAGGUACUAAUCGAAGUAGAGACAGAGAAGCUCAGGGUUCACCAAAUAUGCAGUAUCGACCAAGUGUUCCGUUACGAUGGCGUCCAGCCGAAGAACACAUUGGCAAAUACAAGCUGUUAAAGACUAUUGGUAAAGGUAACUUUGCCAAGGUGAAAUUGGCUAAGCACAUACCCACUGGCAAAGAAGUAGCCAUUAAGAUCAUAGACAAAACUCAGCUGAAUCCUGGGUCGUUGCAAAAACUUUUUAGAGAGGUACGGAUAAUGAAAAUGCUCGACCAUCCAAAUAUAGUGAAAUUGUUUCAAGUGAUUGAAACGGAAAAAACAUUAUAUUUAGUAAUGGAAUAUGCAUCCGGUGGUGAAGUUUUCGAUUAUUUGGUAUUACAUGGUCGCAUGAAGGAAAAAGAGGCUCGAGCAAAAUUUAGACAAAUCGUUUCAGCUGUACAAUACUGUCAUCAAAAGCGAAUCAUUCACCGAGAUUUGAAAGCUGAGAAUCUAUUACUGGACAGCGAAAUGAAUAUAAAGAUUGCCGAUUUUGGAUUUUCCAAUGAAUUUACUCCGGGUUCAAAGUUAGACACAUUUUGUGGUAGUCCGCCGUAUGCAGCACCUGAACUGUUUCAAGGCAAAAAGUAUGACGGACCGGAAGUUGAUGUAUGGUCGCUGGGUGUUAUUCUGUAUACAUUAGUUAGUGGAUCACUUCCAUUCGAUGGUACAACGCUGAGGGAAUUGAGAGAGCGUGUUCUCAGAGGAAAAUAUAGAAUUCCUUUUUAUAUGUCAACCGACUGCGAAAAUUUACUACGUAAAUUUUUAGUACUGAAUCCAGCUAAACGAGCCAGUUUAGAAACAAUAAUGCGUGAUAAAUGGAUGAACAUGGGCUAUGAAGAUGAUGAACUAAAACCAUUCAUUGAGCCACAAGCCGACUUAAAAGAUCCAAAGCGGAUAGGUAAGACGGAAGCCCUAGUCGCAAUGGGUUACAAUAGACAAGAGAUCGAAGAUUCGUUGUCACAAGUUCGCUAUGACGAUGUUUUCGCCACAUAUUUGCUUCUAGGAAGAAAGAGCACCGAUCCCGAGUCCGACGGUUCGCGGUCAGGAUCGUCCCUGUCACUGCGUAAUAUUGCUGGCAACGAUGCCAACACAGCUGGUAAUUCAGCAGUACAAAGUCCUACCCAUCGUGGCGUACACAGAAGUAUUUCGGCAUCCAGCACUAAACCGAGUCGCCGUGCAUCGAGUGGCGCCGAAACAUUGCAAAUAUUCCAUCGUUUCAUAACAGGUACUGGACCAACAGCUGCGGUGGCCACGACAAAUUCGGGCAAUAAUCAUACCAGCACAACAACCAGCAGCACAUCGGAUCGUUCAUCAAUAAGCAGUAACUUUAAGCGACAAAAUACCAUUGAUUCUGCAUCAAUAAAAGAGAAUACAGCCCGACUGGCUGCACAAAAUCAAAGACCAGCAUCGGCUCAACCAAAAUCAGUUGCGACCACCGACUCGAGUUCAAGCCCAGCUAAACCGAGAACAGCACCCAAAUUUGAUCCACCCAUUGGUAAUCGAACUGUUGGCCCGAGUGGUAAUGCUGUGCCACGACGAUCAACUACUUUGUAUGAAAAGACUUCAUCCACAGAGAAAUGUUUCAAUGCAUCCAAUGUCGCACCACCAGAAUCUAAUUUUUCGACCGCUGUAUCGGAAUUGACACGUGGUGGAUCUACUGGUGCUGGUGGUAAGGGCCAUGUGAAGAGUGCGUCAGUGUCUAGUGCUGGUCCAUCAGCCGAUAAUGGUGCGGCGCCAGAUCCACUCGGACCGAGUUUGGUGAAUCGCCUCAGAAUGACACCAGCUGUUAAAUCUGCCAGGCACUUUCCAAGGAAUGUUCCUUCAAGAUCGACCUUCCAUUCGGGUCAAACAAGACGAAACAACACCGGCAUGGAGUAUUCUGGAACUGGUGGCGCAACCGGUGAUUCUCCACACUCUGGUCGAACGAGCUUUUUCUCUAAAAUAUCGUCACGAUUUAGCAAACGGCUCAAUCAAUAACAAAUGAAUUAUAUACGAUGAUACAUGCAGCUGUGACCAUUUCUAUUUAAUUAUAAUUAACACAAAACGUAGAAAUUAAUUUUUAAAAGUCUAAAUAACGAUUAAAACUUUUGUUAUUUUCUUAAAAAACAAAAACAAACAAUAUGUAACUGUUGAGUUUUAGUAUAAUUUUUAAAUGUAGAGUUUUGUCGGAGACGAAUGUUUGCUAAGUGAUAGAAAAAUCUGAGAAUCAAAAUUAUUUUUUUUUUUUAAUUUUUAAUAAAAUAGACAACAAACAAACAAUAUGAUUUAGAAGAACGAAUCCGCUGUUACUUAAAAACGAAAAUAGUAUCCAUUGUUAAAUCAAUUUAGAUAAUUUGUUUUGUGUGAGAGUUUGUUUCCUAAAAAAAUAAAAACAAAUGAUGUUGCGGUACUUUGCUCAAAGUACAAAGAUUGAACAGUUUUCUUGUGUAAAUCGGUCUUGGCGUUUAGAGAUAAACACCAUUCGUUCCGUUUACCGACCAAAUCAAUCGAACCAGAAAUUAUGAGGCAUUUAAGUGAACAGCAAUUUUAUUUUUUACGAACGCAUUAUAUAUCGUAGUCUGUGAACUGCAUAAUAAUAACGAUGAUUUUUCUGAAAGAAAAAUGAAACAAUAUUUAUAUCCACAAGUCAUAGGUGCCAUUGUAUAUAUUGCAAACAAUUUUUUUUAUGUAAACAAUAAUUUCCGAACUUGUGUUUCUGCAAAACUGAUAAAAUGUCACGCGGUUUGAUAAGGCGAUACAGAAAAAAAAAAUCGUAAACUUUUGCGUUAAUUACAUUAUACCAAAUGAUUCUUGAUGGAUUGUGGACGUUAUAGAAACCGACUGGAUGGAGAGACGACUAUAAUAAUAACCGGUAUGUCAAUAGAAUGUGAUGGCGAACGUAUAUAUUUCAUAUACCUUUUGGUUUAGAAUCGAAAAGUUCUUUUAUGAAAACAAAAAGCACAAAUUGUUUCUUUCUUAUAAACUUUUCUCAUUAUUGUUUCGGUCUCAUUUUUUAUUAAAUUUCCGUAUAAAAAAAAAUUCCGAUAAACCAAUCGUAGACAUUGGAUUUUUUGAGAAAAAGCUUACGGCACGGUCUACGGAAAAUAUU